AUGUCUGCCUCGCCGUCCUCUUCGGCAGCCGUCCCCUCCGCCAAACGGCCCCUAGAAGACCCUUCCUCUCCCUCCGCCCCAACUGAUCUUCCAGACGCCAAGAGACCAGCCCUCGAUAAGACUGCCAAAGACAGCGAUGAAGCUGUGACAAUCGACGCUCCUGUCAAGGUCGAGGCUGCUACCACCAAUGGUACUUCUACCACUCACCCUGAAGUUACUGACAGCGAGCCUGCUGUCAAGGCGGAGGAGCCUCAGCCCAUUCCCUCCACUUCGAGCGAUGCUGCUGCUGCACUGCCUCUCACAGCCACACAAGAUGAAACCAAGUGGAUCCAUAUCCGAGCUGUCAUCUCAAGCGCCGAGGCAGCCACGUGCAUCGGCAAAGGAGGUGAGAACGUCACGCAGAUCCGAAAGAUGUCUGGCGCCAAGUGCACCGUUAGCGACUACUCCAGAGGUGCUGUUGAAAGAAUCUUGACGGUCAGUGGUGCUCAAGACGCUGUAGCCAAAGCCUUUGGUCUUAUUAUUCGCACUCUCAACAACGAGCCUCUUGACCAGCCUUCAACCUCACAGUCAAAGACUUACCCGCUCCGUCUCCUCGUUCCUCACAUCCUCAUUGGCUCUAUCAUUGGCAAAUCAGGUGUUCGUAUCCGAGAGAUUCAGGAAGCUUCAGGUGCACGUCUCAAUGCUUCAGAUUCUUGUCUGCCACUUUCCACCGAGCGCUCGCUCGUCGUACUUGGUGUUGCUGACUCUGUUCACAUUGCGACCUACUACAUUGCUGUCACUCUUGUCGAGCAGCUGACGGAGCGGUUCGGUGGCCCUGCCGCGUCUGCCUAUGCUACCCGCAGCGGUGGCCCUGCUGGCGUUGUGCCUGGUGGCAUGCAGGUCGUCCCAUACGUGCCUCAGCCAGCCGGUGGCCAGUACGGUCACCCAGAGAUGUACAAGCGAAACGGCACCCAGCCUCCCCAGCGUGGUGGGCCGACGGCUCCUUAUGCCGGGCAACCAACUGCUGCUCAACCUCAGCAGCCAUAUCAGCAGCAGGGCGCCCAAUACCCGAACACUCCUCGUCAACCCAGUUACGGAGGUCAAGCGACUCCACAGCAGGGUGUUGGUUAUGGUCAGAUGCCACCUCAACAGGGCCAACCUGGUCAGCACCCUCAGCCGCCUAGCGCAAUGCCCGGGCAGCCUAUCACUCAGCAGAUCUACAUUCCCAAUGACAUGGUCGGCGCCAUCAUCGGCAAGGGCGGUGCCAAGAUCAACGAGAUCAGACAUCUCUCUGGUAGUGUCAUCAAGAUCAACGAGCCACAAGACAACAGCAACGAGCGUCUCGUCACCAUCACCGGUACUGCGGAGUGCAACCAGAUGGCACUUUAUAUGCUCUACUCUCGACUCGGUAUGUAA